GAGGAGGAUAUCUGACAAAUUCCAUUAUCCAAUCUGCCUCGCAACUUCUUAUCCCCACAAUCUUUACAUGUUACAGUCACAAUUUUGCCCUGGUGGUGGUGGGGAAUGAAGAUCAGUCAGUGUGGGUCCGUUUGUCGUGGGGUGUGUGCGUGUGUGAAUGUUGUUAUGUGUGUCAAAAAGACAGGAUAUUAAAAGGUCCAAUUUAGCGGCAACUUUGCUAAAUUCACUCAAUUAAGAAGAUUGUUGUUGGAUUGAAGUUGUGCUCCGGUCGUGUCUUUGACUUGAUCUCGAGCUGUUCAUCCAUGAAAUGAUGAGUUGACUCAGUAAGCCAAACUGUCGCUCCUCUGGUUAUUUUCUGCCAAUUUCUGAGUGUCAGGUUCACGUGCUCCUGAGUUGUUUUCAAGUUGCUGUCAAGUGUUCAAGUUAAUAAGUCAGUGACCAUGGGUUUGCUCAAGUUUGUUCUUGUGGGUGUCGCCAUGUUGGUGGUCGUGGCGCAGGGGCAGGAUCAGAGUGGGGACAAUCGUCACUUUCUCCACACGCCGUAUGGGACGGUGGUGGGGACAAAGGUACCAUUGCACAUCCACGACAGAAGACCACCCUCCACUUUCUACUCCUUCAAGGGGAUCCAGUAUGCAACUGCUGAGCGGUGGCAGGAACCCACUCUGAAGGAGUUAGAAGGACCGGAAAUUCAGGCAAUCACGUCAGGAUCUCUGUGUGCACAAUGGUCACCUUCCGGUCACACGACGGUAGGGUCUGAGGCGUGCCUCUACCUCAACGUCUACACACCAACCGUCCCAUUUGUUGGCCGUGCGGGAGGUCAAGGAGUGGGAACAAGUCAUUCUGCUAGUCAAUUGCCCGUCAUGGUAUUCUUCCACCCCGGCGGUUACAUGUAUGGUUCUGGAGACAUGGCUGGCCCCCUCAGACUCAUGCGAUCAAGAAAAGUCGUCCUCGUCACGGUAAACUACAGAUUAGGCGUCUUUGGCUAUCUCAGCACGGGCGACUCUGAAAUUCCUGGAAAUUUCGGAGGCCUUGACCAAAUAGCGUCGCUCCAGUGGGUUAAAAAGUACAUUGGAUUGUUUGGAGGAAAUGCCGACCGAGUGACCAUUUUCGGUAACUCAGCAGGAGCGGCUUCCGUGCAUUUGCUAAUGUUAUCCCCACCAGCAUUCGGACUUUUCCACGGUGCUAUCAUACAAUCGGGGAACGGGCUGUGCGACUGGGCCGUGGAGUCCAAUCCUGCCGAAUAUGCGGAAGCCCUUGGGACUAAGUUGGAAUGCACCGGAAGCUCCAACGAUUUGGCAAAGUGUCUCAAAGACAAAUCUGUGCAAGAGUUGAUUCAGACGCAGCAAGAGAUGCUCAAACUCUGGGCCUUCCCCAUUCGAACGGCGCCCGUUGUCGAUGGCGUGUGGCGUGGGGACGAUGGCUUCCUUCCCGGAAAGCCCGAAGACCUCAUGACUGCCGGCGCCUUUGCUCAAGUUCCCAUCCUCACUGGUGUCGUACAGAAUGAGGGGCUCAUGGGUUACACAGAGAUUCACUUGUCCGUUGGGAAUGAGCAGUUUACUAGCGCCGAGUACUUUGAGAAUGAGCUCGUCCCCACCAUCCUGACUGUCAUGAUGGAUAACAACGAGGAGACGGAGGUCGUGACGAAGGCCGUACGCGGCCAGUAUUUUCAGGACAUCAACGUUGAGAACGAGACGAAGCUGGCCAUUUCUGCCUUGGCUGAUCUUAUCGGGGAUUUGACCGUUUACAGCUGUCAUCGAAACUUUUUGGAAAAGCUGGUGGCCUCCAACACGACGGCCUACUCGUACCUUUUCACCCACAAAACGCCAAAGUCUCCCAGCGUGGUAUCCAAGUCAAUCGACAUGUUGCGCAGAACUGCCGGAGUUCACCCGCCACUCUUUGACUAUGGAGUUUCACACAGUGACGAGCUGCUCUAUCUCUUUGAGCCAUUUGAAAAUACGCUGCAUAAAAUGGACGCGGAGGAUCUCAGAGUCGCUGAGAAAAUGGUCAACGUCUGGACAUCGUUUGCGAGUUCGUGGAACCCGUCCAAUGGUCUUGGUCAGUCCAACAGAGCAGCCCCAUGGCGGCCCAUUCGUGAAGGCACCAUCGACUUUUACACCAUCCCCGAGAAUAGGACGCAAGGGUUUCGCGAAGGGGAGUCCAUCUUCUGGUUGAGAACGGUGCCCUACAUGCAAGAGUUGGGGGCGAACAUUUCUGAAUUGGAAUUGUUCAAAACCCUCUUCUGGAUAUUUUUGGGUCUUUUCGCUCUCUUCCUCCUCAUCACCCUCAUCCUGGCCAUCGUUUUGUGGAGAAAAAGGUCCAGUCAAGCAGUAAAUCUAUGAUCCCGUAGAAAAUAACGAAAUAAAUAAACGCAAAUCUGCUCUGCUCGACUAAUCAGAUUCAUGCGUAAAUUCGCAUGGGCUUCAUGUUUGUGGUGGUGGAAUAAAAGACAUUCAGUUGUCACAAAAAAUCAAUGAGCUCAAUCCCAAUUCCCACAAUUAAGUGCAUACGUGGGAUGUUGUUUGCAUAAGCUUGGGUGCCUGAUAUUCGAUCACUUUGUAUAAUCUUGCAAGUACUCCACAGUCUCCAUUGCAUAAAUGCUAAAUACGUACGUAGAAGUUAUGCAACGUGAUAUGAAAAACAUUUUACAUAAUUGUCAGUUAUGUAAAAAGCCAAAUCAUAAUUAUUCUGUAAAACAGCAUGCAAAUAAAUGGGGCAUGAUCUCCGAUAAAAUUCCGAAAGCACCAUUCAAUCCAUUUUUCCAAGGUUUUUGUGAACUUGAGAAAACUUUAUCUAAUUUGCUCCGUAUUUCCCUCUUAAAAUGGAUAAACUUAUUCCUUGUAAUAAAAAUCAUGCUAAACUGGCUUCUUCAA